AUGGAUGCAGCAGUCGAUGGCGGUCACUUCGAUGUCGUCAAGUGGUUGUUUGAGAACUGCAACGCUGGUUGCUCCAAGCGUGCUUUUCAAUCUGCUGCCUCUAAUGGGGAUUUGCCCAUGCUGCAAUGGCUACAUCAACAUUUUCGUCAAAAAUGUCAUUGGUAUGUAAUGGAUGAUGCGGCAAGAGGGGGUCAGCUUCAUGUUCUCAAGUGGCUGCACGAACAAGGAUACGAUGGCUGUACAACGAAUGCGAUGAACAAGGCUGCAGAAAACGGACGUCUUGAUAUUGUGCAAUGGCUGCACGAAAAUCGAAAUGAAGGAUGUACGAUACACGCAAUGACUUCUGCUGCAAAUGAAGGACACUUGCACGUCGUUAAGUGGUUGCACGAAAACAGGUCCGAAGGAUGCGAUGAUUCAGUUAUGGAUUGGCCAGUCUGCCGCGGAUAUUUGGAGAUGGUCAAGUGGCUAGUCGAGCACAAACCGGAAAUGUGUCGUGAUAAUUUGAUGGAAGAAGCUGCAUGGCACGGUCAUUUGGAUGUGGUUGUCUAUUUAGAUGGAAACACGAGGCAACAAGGCUCUGAAUGGGGUCUAGGUGCUGCCGCUAAAGAAGGCUAUGCGAAGGUAGCUAUCGCGUUGAUGCAACAUCAUUCCAGAAUGUUCCGACGUGGGAUCUACAUGUGCAUCUGGGGGCUGUUAAACCAGCUUUCAAACCAGGGUGCAACUCCAGCUUCUCCAUUGUGGAACGAAAUAUUGAAGAUGCUCGAGCUCUUCCAUGGUGAUGAAUUUAUUGCAGGUGUGAUCACACUGCUUGAACUAGCACUGCAACGUGGAUAUUUGGUCAUGGCUCGACAAUUUUUCGAGCACAGAAGCGAACAGGAAAAGUGCCAAUAUGUUGCUAUUGCUGCCGAUCAUAAUGAUAUCGUAUUGAUGAGGUGGCUGAUCGAGAAUGGGGCCCCAUUGAGCGUUCAUACAUCCAUCUCUCUUGCCUCAGAUCACGUGUUCAGAAAACAGUGUGUCGAAGUUACUUGGUGGUUGUCUGAAAGCGAUCGCGUGGUUGUCAUUCGUAACGCUCUACAAAACAAUGUCCGCAAGUUGUUGCUGUGGGUACUAGAUAAUACCGUCUUCAAGGAUGAGACUUCACGAAAUGCUAUUCAAAGUGCUCUUACGAGGGCCGAUAACGUUACAGUACACUGGCUUUGUGAUAACCUCUCGAAUGAUGACGCUCGUAGUUGGUGUUUCCCAUUGCAUCAAGAAGGAUCGAGCACUGUGACGCCAUUUAUAAGGGAUACCCUUGCAGAUAGACGCUAG